AGCGCCCUACACAUGGCGAAAAGGUUCUUGAAGAUGGGCGUUGUGUCCAACAUCAUGAUCGGUUGAAAGAUCAUCAUCUCAAGCUCGUGAUCGGCUUCUAUCGCAAACAAGCUCGGCCCUUCUCUUUGCUCAUCAAGAAGAAAACAAGAAACGCGAUUUUUAUUUCUCACAAAGUUUUUCACGUCGUGGACUGAUUCUUGAUUACACCCUUUCUACUAUCAGGCGAAUCAUGAAGCGUCGAGCGCUAUAGGAGCUUUCAGUACAUCACAGUACGACCACCACGACGGCUUGCGUCCUUUAUUCUGCUUUCUGAUCACUAAUGACUUAAGUUACAUUUUUUACAUUUUGCAACACAUGUACAUUUACCUUUACGUCACAAGGUAAUAAUAUGCAAAUGUGGAGUCCUCGGAGUGGCGGGUGUUAGCGUGUGGUCCAGCACGACCUCCCUGCUCCUGCGCUCGUCCUCUACUUCCAAGAUGACGUCCUCAAAACCUCCACUUCCUUGAUGUAGCACCAGCAGUAGAGAAUCCACUAUAUCAAAAUGCAGAAACGAAACCUAGAACGACAGCAGCACCACACCGCUGCCAGUACUGCUCCCGAGCGGAAGGAGAAGGGGCCGGCCAUGGGAACAGGCAGGAAUCUGGGCAGUCAAGGAGACAGGAUCGAUGUAGUCCAGCACCUUGGCGACGGUUAUAUCAAUAAUUCGGGGAUGACAACAACAUCAUUUGGUGGCCCGCCAGACCUUUACAAUCCCGGACAAUUUACUUUCCCGCCUUUACAGGACUCAUCUUCGUCUGUACUGCAGCAUAAUCCGGGGGAUCAUAAUGUCACUGUCAGCAUGUCCUCCACUGUUUCUCCCGAAGCCUCGUUUACGAACCAGGUCUAUCAACUGUAAAAAUAUCUGGGUCUGGAAGGUCACAACUUGUGAUGCUGUCUGUGGAUUCUAUAAGAAAUUUGUAUUUCAUGACCACCAGCACAAGGGGUCGGGUUUGUCCUACGCGGAGAGGGCAUUUCUCAUGCCGUAGAGGUAUCACAAAGCCCUCUAAAAACCUGUGAUGCUACGGCAUGUAUUACAGACAUCGCGGCUCAUGGAAAAUAUGCAUGACAAGUUUAGAAAUCUUCCAGACCCAGACAUUUUUGCAUUUGAUAAGGUCUUGCACCGCGUUCUCACAGCUGCGUUCGCGAACGUGGAUGGUGCAGGUCCCGGGCUUAUCCUGUGCAAAAGUAUCAUACUCGUAUUGCAAUCAUGCAUUACAAAUUUUUAUCUUAAGGCAUAUCCGCAUUACAAAUUUUAUGUCUCAUGCUGAGGAAAUUUGUAAUGCAUUUAUACGAGUGCGAUACUUUUGCAGUUCAUAGGGCUCACGGCCAGCUACACGGGACAAGAAGGAGAAGUAGAUAAUGCUGGUGCUUUUGGACCAACUGGACCGCACGACCUUCCUCAGGACCGAACAUCAGCACGACCCGGGAGAACGGCCGCGAAAGUAGAACCGAGCACUGGUGCGGUAGUAGCGUCCUCAGAUGAGGACGAGGGGGAAGAUCAAGAUGACCAAGACGAGGAGCAUAGUAGACUGUUGAAGAAGAACAUUUUUUCCACCACGCCGGGAGGUGACGAAGAUGAAGUAGAUCACGACAGAAUUAUCCACGAGGAGCACGAUGAGGAAAUGAACGACAACGCUUUCUCACAUUUGCACGAGAAAGACCACGUAUCGCAUGAAAAAGCUGUUAGUUUCACUGUGAUGAUUUUGCAAGAUCUGCAUCACAAGUUUGCGUACACAUAGCACCGAAAAUUUGCCAUGCACUCUUCCCAAGCGAUGUUGAAAACACGCUUUUAUAAAAAUCCAAUGUCAUCGUGUUGCCGGUGUAGCAAGACAAGUAGGCCUGUGCUCCAUUCUAUGCAUCACAAGUUGACAGUGAAGCAGUUUUUUCUCGCGAUACCACGUGAACGAAGUGGAAUAUCAGUCGAACGCCUAUGACCUGCUCAAACGUUACAAUCUCAAAUCGGUUCUUACCAUAGUAUCUGGGAUUUGUCUUGCAGGAUGAGCAUGACAAACUCGCAGAGCGCUCCACUUUCUGCAAUACAAAUUUCGCCAGAUUAUAGUGCGGUUUGGAGCUCGGAAACUUUUCAUGCGCAAUCCUGUAGGAAGAGGCUAGACCAUGCGCUCUUGCAUCACAGAUUUCCAUAUUCUGUGGUAACCGAUUUGAGACUGUAACACCUGAGUGGGUUAUAACGCCUGUUUGAACCUCUGGCUGUGGCUCGGGCCCAUUCUCGGGUGCGGCUUCUGCAGCGGGUUAGUCAUCUGGCUCGUGAUAUGCUGAGCAAACACGUCCCCAACCCAUAAUCAACAAGUUGGUAAACCUGCAACACAAAUCUACUCCAAGUUUUGGGAGUUGUGCAUGACAAGUUUUCAUCUGCAGUGUUGUGCUGGCUGGCAAGGGAAGCCGCAUGAGAAAACCAUUUCCUCAUGCUGUUUACAGCAUUUUUACAAAUGCGAAAACACGAAUAGAAAUGCCUCUCAUGGGGAUGCGCAUUAUUUCAGAUGCUCCUGUCAUUGCGCAUUUGCAUGACAACUCUGCGAAGAUGGGGACGCUUUUACAAACGAUACGUGAUUUUCCGGACGUUUCGGUGGCAUCCGUUUUUCAACUACGAAAACGCGACGUUUAAGGACGAGGAGAAAAAUUACCGCGGUUGUUAUGCAAAGAAAAGAGUUGUGUUACACUUGCAGUUACACACAACUGUGUUGCAAAACGUGCAAGACAAGCAACCUCUGUCAUCAUGCGCAAAAUGCUUGCGCGCCUCGCUUCAUGUGUCGUGUUAUGUCUUAUCCUCUCUGCUGCAUUGCAAGUUUAAUAUUUCUCUGCCAUGCAAGGCAAGUUUGUGAUGCGGAAUUCACUACAAAAAGAAAUGUGUAAGAACUGUAAGAACACUACUUUCCUUGGAUAGUUGCUGCACAGCAAACACGGGGUGUGGCGACACGAUAGCGCUGCUCAGCAUCUCCUGGGCCACCGUGAUGGCGCUGUUUUUUUCCGUUUGCUGCUUCCUCGCCCGGUGCGGAACCAAGUCGCUCGCCUUCUGGAUCUGCAUUGCGUCGACGGUAGCGUUGUGGGGAAUCCUUGCCCUGUCCAUCUUUCUGCACGGGGACAACUGCGGAGGGACUCCGACUAUCCUGUGCAAAAGUAUCGUACUCGUAUAAAUGCAUUACAAAUUUCCUCAGCAUGAGAAAUAAAAUUUGUAAUGCAGUUUUACCUUGAGAGCAAGAUUUGUAAUGCAUGUUUGCGAUUACUACGAGUGCGAUACUUUUGCACAGGAUACCGACGGGACAAGGCAGUGGAACUAUCAAAUGCAAAAAUGUCUGGGUCUGGAAGAAUGCAACUUGUCAUACUAAAUCUGAAUCAUGUAGAAUAAAUCUGUGUUGCAUGAUUACCAAAAGCUGUGGUCCACUUUUGACCUAAUCGAGAGGCAGUUUGUCAUGCAGGGUAGGCAUGAUAGAACUCAUCGCACAGAAUCUGUCAUGCUAUGUCCUACAUACCAGACCUCAUGGGUCAUGGAAAACCUGCAUGACAAGUCUGGCAUUCUUCCAGACCCUGACAUUUUUGCAGUUGAUAGGAACUGGCGGCGUGCAGUGGAGCUGGCGUGGAUAUGAUGUGCAAAAGUAUCGUACUCGUAGUAAUUGCAUUUAUGCAUUACAAAUCUCUUUCUCAAGCUAAAUCAGCAUGACAAAUUCAAUUUGUAAUGCUGGGGGAAAUUGUAAUGCAAUUUAUACUACUACGUUACUACUCUUGCAGUUCAUAGUGGAGAGAUCAUGGCGAUGGGCGCCUGCGAGCUGUUUGUAGUGACGGUGGUCGUGAUUUUGUUGGCACUGUUGAUGCUCGUCCUCAUUCCGCAGGCAAGGGGGAUGGGGGGCCGAGAUCGCGGUCAGAGCUCUGACACUGAGGUAUCAAAAUGAAAAAUCCCCCCUCCCCAUAUCAAAACCGAAAUUUGUGAUGCUGAUUGGAGGCCACAAAUCAGCUUUGUAUUGCAGAGCGGCAUGGCGGCCAGAUCCCCAGGCUAGGUAGGGGCGUAUGGGUCUAGUUGUUCAGCAUGGCAAACGGUUCCCCUUUAUGCCCAACAACAUGACAAACAGCUUCCAUAAUGUGGCGGAAGUUUCUGUCCUUGUCUUCUUGCAAGACAGAUGUGAUUUGUGACCUCAAAUCCGCAACACAAAUUUUUGGAAGCAUAUCUUUGCAAUAUGGGGAGGGGGGAUUUUUCCUCUCAAUAUGAGGAAGAGGCAUUUUUGACGACGACCUCGGAGGAUGACACCGAAAGUUUAGAUAUCAUAAGAAAAAGUGUUGACGUUACGGUUUUCAGUUUUUUGGAAAAAAAUUUUUUUGUGGGUACUGAGCACCAUCAUUUCAAUUUUUUUUUUUCUCGCCGCCGCGCAGCCUCCCUCUUUGCCCCUGCGGGGCUCUAAAGUGGUAAAACUCUGAGAGAGGAAGCUAGUGCACAAGGUGCGAAAACUAUGAGGCCCCGCCACAACAUUGCGCCCCUUCAAGCCCUGAAAUGGCUACCCAAUCCCUGUCCGGGCUCAAGAGCCAUGAUGGCUGUAAGCCGGUGGGCCAGGGCCCCGGCACUGCUGACAAGACCCGCCCACCAACGCGUCGCAACGAUCGACACCGGAGAUGGACCUGUUUUGGUGAGGGAAAAUGGACCACAGCAUGCUGUCUUUAUAUGAUGUUGACGGUUUUUUGGGGAAUUGGAAAAAUCCGAGGAAAAAAUCAAUGAUUUGACGCCAUUUCGAGGCCAAAAAAUGCAGAUUCCACAAAAACCGUCAACACCUCAUCUAGACAGCACGCUAUGGUCCAUUUCCCUUCACUCAAACCGGUGCGGGCACGGGAGCGCACCUUCUGAGCAGGCAAAUCGAGCAUAGCGUGCUGGCUAGAUGAGGUGUUGACGGUUUUUUGGUCGAUUUCAUGCAAAAAAGCUGGCUUCUGGAAGACCCGAUCGACCAUACCGUCGUGUCUAGAUGAGGUGUUGACGGUUUUUGGGGUGCCGGCAAAUUUUGUGCAUUUUGGUACCCAAAAUUUGCCCAUUUCCCUCAUCCUCGAAAGUGCCCCCUUUUCUUCAAUCAUGGAGAAAAUUUGACAAAAGGCGCCAAAAGGUCCGAGAUGGAAACUUGCAAAACCGCACAGAGCUGAACUGGCGGAAACGCCAUCUAGAUGCCAGCUCAUAGGCCCACAUGUCCGAGGUUUAGCCACGGUUCGAGGUUUGAGCGUUCUGGCCCGGAUCUAAGAGCCGGAGGCGGGGAGAAGGCACGGCAGGGGGCGGCCCCGGUAGGCGAAGUCCUACGCCGUCAUAUUUUGUGCACUAGCUAGGUCAAACCAAGCGAGCUUCGUCGCAGUCCCGCGAGAACUAAUAGCGGGAAUGGGUCGACUUACAAACCAAAAACAUACCUCCAGCAUACACCCAAAAUUUUUUUUUUUCCAAAAAACUUAAAACCGUAACGUCAACACUUUUUGACGACGACCUCGGAGGAGGACACAGAAAGUCUAGACGACGAAGAAAAACAGAAGAAACAAGCAAAGAAGAAAAAGGCUUUCUCAAGAACUUCUCCAGACCAUCAUCUUCAACAUCAAUCACCUCCUCCCCGUGAAGAUGCGCACCAUGCUCAUCAAAAUACUAAUUCCGUCACGUUUCAUGUGCAGCCGCAGGAAGUCUUGGGAAACUUUUGUUGCUAUCCAAUGUUGCAAAGAUGUCUGGGUCUGGAAGAAUGCAGGGUUUGUCAUGCACAGCUAGCAUGGCUCUCAAGUCUGUCACGCGCGCCACACAAAAGCCACGUUUCUCUGUCAUGCAGAAACGCAGUUUGUCAUGCGGAUAAGUAGGCAACACUGUAGCAACUGCAAAGCUAAAACUUGUCAUGCUUGGCUGUCAAUGAAGGCGUCCACAUGAUUCGCCAAACAGCAUCACAAGUUUCCAGACCCAGACGCUUUUGCAUUGCAUAGCUGCUUCCUCUGCAUGUGUCCGGUCCGAGUGAUUCAGAUGUUGGCGCACGUAUUUAGCUGCGGAAGGUGUUGUGCGUGCUGGAGGAAAAAUUCAAAUUCUUCUUCGAAACAGAGGCGGGACUUAUUUCAUGAUGACCAUCACCAUGACGAACAACAAUUCUUCAUUGUUGGCACGGAAACCAAAGCCCAACAGCGACAACUGGUGAAAGCUGCGUUGAAGGCGAAAAACGUCUCUCCGACAGAAGAGCAAGCCCUGUACAACAAACAGCGUCGGAACCUGGGAUUUCUGUUCCCGGAUCGAAUCGACCGAAAGCCGUUUUGUAUGUUGUCGAAGGAAGACGUCGUGAAGAAGGGAAAUCAGCCACUACAAGGGAAAAAGAUGAACAAAGAAUCUUCCCUGGUCCUCGAGGGCGACGCCUCAGGUCGUGGACUACCAGAACCACAGCCAGCCGUUGACUUUUCGAAGGCGAAGCUCGUGACUUCCUGGUCACAGAAAAUGCCCUCGGAAACGAAAAUCCCGAUUUGGCAGCUGAUGACGAUGAACACGACAGACAAUAGUUACAAGGCGACUUACCAUGUGACACCGCACCACGAUAUUAAAAGUGAUAAGAAACCCACCACAUCAUCCAACACUGUCGCGAAGAUGGUCAAAGAAAAAAACACCAACAAUCUCGUUGUCUGGCACGCGGCGGUCGGGACCCGGGGGGAGAACCAGCCCUACGCUUUGCUCUCGUACGAAUACGCAGCGAAGUAUCCGAAUGACAGUGUGGUUUUCGUGAUCAAGCCGGAAUACGCAUCUUGGAUAACGUAUCCAUUGCAAAAGUAUCGUACUCGUAUUCUUGCAAUCAUGCAGUACAAAUCUUUUUUUCAAGGUCAAUCCGCAUUAUCAUGCUGAGGAAAUUUGUAAUCGUAAUGCAUACGAGUGCGAUACUUUUGCAAUGCAUAUCACAAGGUAUGGGAAUGUGUACCGAAAAUGCGUUCUAGACGGCGUCUUAGAAAGACCGGACCUGUACGAGGUCAAGUACCACUUGGAAAAGGUGCCGGUGAUGAAGUACCGCAAUUCGGUAUUCAACAAAAAAGCAUUAGCGUUAGCGUUUUGGCAUUUGCUGGCGAAAGCCAAAUUUUUUUUCAUUCUAGCUAGUGACGUAGCUGUGUUCCGUUCAGACAGAACCGCGCUAACUGGAAGCAGUGGAAGCAGUCUCUUCGGCCGAGAAGCGGAUCGGAGAUGAUACCGCCAAAGAUGUGGGCGACGGCUAGGCCGUGCACAUGUCUGGGGCUUCAGGGACUUCCGGCUACGCGACCUCCUGGCCAUGCGGGGGGCUGGCAAGCCGUCGCUCUUGGAGUGCCUGAAGACCCGUUUUUGGCUUGCGGCCUUUGAGCCCGAGCAAGAUGAUCAAGCUUCCCAAAGUCUGGCAUUAGCGUUUCUGUCCUCGGAGGUCAUUUUGACCCCCUGAGCAGAGGCGAAAUUGCAUGGUCGCAAAAGAAAACGCUAAUAAACUCAUGAUAGCGUCGGGGGAGCGUCUCUCUUCUCAGGUUCACAAAAAACGCUAAUAAACUCAUGGUAGCGUCGGGGAGCCUCUCACGAAAGAAAAGACGCACUUUUGUAAGUUCACAACUUCCCCACGCUAUCAUGAGUUUAUUAGCGUUUUUUGAGCCUUGGCAUAAGUUUACAUUUUCCGCACGCUAUCAAGAGUUUAUUAGCGUUUUUUUUUGCGACCGUGCAAAAGUGCAGGACUUCGGCAAGAAGUCUUUGGGUAUUUUGCUGGUCCCCCCGAAGGCGCUAAUGGACGCCGGGUCGGAGCUCCAACCUGCGCUACAAUCUGCCGAAUUCCCCGUCACAUAAGGCAAAAGGCGGGCGAGCUUGGUCGCGAUUCUUUCGUGUGCCGAGAAGGGCGCGUCAGUCCGGCGUUGCGGAGCAUGGAGCCCAAGGGCCUGGCUGUCCCAUACGGGGCAGGCGAGGGCUGCUCCGUCAAGCUGCUGUGGCGGGUGGGGCGCUUGUUUGAAUGAUAUUGGAUAGCAAUCUUUCGUCUGAACGGAAAAUAGCCGACUCGACAUGCAAAAUCAAAAAAAAAGUCGUUUGUUCGAACAAAUCUCAAAACGCUAACGCUAAUACUUUUUUGUUGGAUAUUCGGGAUCAACAUUGCCUGGAGACGGUCCAAAUGAUGAAAACUCAUCAUGUGCCAGGGCUUGUUGCACCUCGUCGUGCGCCGGAGCGCGAAGAAGUACCAACACCACCGGAACGACCGCGCGCCGGCGGCCCGGACAAGGACCUUCACGCCAGCGAAAUAAGCAUUGGCAGGACAAAGAAGGGCUGAAAGAGAAGAAAGAAAUUUUAGACAAGAUGGACGACAGAAAGAAGGCCAUUGCAAAGGCAAUGAUUCUAGAGGGCUACGCAAGCUCGGAUGAAGAGGACGUGUUUGGAGAGUUGCUUCAGGAAGAGGAUGAUCUUCAUCAUGCUGACAGCACGAAAAAUCAAGAUUUUGCCAUCACGAAAGAACUGGAUGGAAGUGCACCAGCCGCCGGAGCUGGUGCUGCGCAGCCUCUCAUGAUCUCGAAAGCGGUCAACUUGAAUCACAUAUCAAAUGCAAACAUGUCUGGGUCUCGAAACCUGUCAUGCUGAAUUGGCGAGACUGAAAUACUUUCCAGUGGAGCCAAGCAUGACAAGUUUGCAGAGCGCUUCCUCAUGCGCACUCCGCAUGAGAAACAGGGGUUUUAUAUGACAAAAAGGGGCACGAUCCUUUUGCUAGUCAUGCAAUACAGACUUUACAGGCGUGUAGGACUAGCAUUACAAGUUCCAUAUUUAUUCCAGAGCCAGACACAUUUGCAAUGCAUAUCAUGCUAUCGACGGCCAUUGUGCCUUGAAUGCGUGGCCGGGGAAGAUGCCGAGCGAAAUUUUUGAAACAGAGGAAAUUGUUGUGGAAGCAGGACGAGAUGAAAGAAGUACAGCUCCUGGUGGCAGUUCGAAUAGUACUAAAACAGCGACGGGGGAUGAUCAUCAUGUUGUCAACAGCGGCCGGCGUGAUGGAAGUAACAUAUUAGGAGCUACAGCUCCUGUCGUACUACCUGCUCAACCCGGUGACUCGAGCUCUACAAAAAGAUCAACCGUCCGGAACAAAAUGAAGCUGAGCUACACUUACCACUUGGAAAAGGUGCCGGUGAUGAAGUACCGCAAUUCGGGAUCAACAUCGCGUUGGGGGGACGAUCCAUAUCCUGUGCAAAAGCAUCGUGCUCGUGGUAAUCGCAAUUAUGCAAUAGAAAUCUUUUUGCUAAGGUCAAUCAGCAACACAAAUUCCAUUUCUCAUCAUUCUGAGGAAAUUUGUAAUGCGAUUUCUACUAGUACGAUACUUUUGCAAUGCACAAUCCAAGUGAAAACUCAUCAUGUACUAGAGCUUGUUGCACCUCGUCGUGCGCUAUCAAAUGCAAAAAUGUCUGGGUCUGGAAGAAUGCAUGUUUGUCAUGCUUGUCUGGCAUGACUCUUAAAUCUGUCAUGCACAUUGCCCAAGAGACGUUUUUUUCUGUCAUGCGGAGACGCAGUUUGUCAUGCAGAUGAAUAGGCAACAUCUACAAGCUCAGAAAUUUGUCAUGCUGAGCCAGCACUUGUGGCCUCCUCAUGCUACGCCACUCAGCGUCACAAGUUUCCAGACCCAGACACUUUUGCAUUUGAUAUGCGCCGGAGCUCGAAGAAGUACCAACACCGCCGGAACGACCCCGCGCCGGUAUGACAGUGCACAACUCCCCCUCCCCCUCAUUUGUAUGGCAUGAAGAGCAAUACAAUGACAAGCACACGCGGAGCCUAUGCAUGACAAAUUUGUGUACCUGAUGUAGUACUGUUUGGGCUUCCGGAAUUUGUCAUGCAAACAGUGCCACAAGGCAGCGACUGGAUUUGGGAUUUUGCAUGACAAAUGAGGGGGAGAGCGACUGGACUUGGAAAAGGUGCCGGUGAUGAAGUACCGCAAUUCGGGAUCAACAUUGCCUGGAGACGGUCCAAAUGAUGAAAACUCAUCAUGUGCCACCAGGGCUUGUUGCACCUCGUCGUGUGCCGGGGCAAGGAGUACUAACACCAGUCCGCCAGCAUCCGGAACAACGACCCCGCGCCGGCGGCGGCCCGGAGGUGGAAUUGUUCCACGCAAGCGGAUAUCAAAUGUAAAAAUGUCUGGGUCUGGAAGGUUGCAACUUGUGAUGCUGUCUUUGGAAGGUAAAAAACAUCUGUAUUGCAUGACCAGCAAGAGGAGUUCAGUUUGUGCUACGCGGAGUGGGCGUUUCUCAUGCGGAAUACGCAUGAGAAGGCCCUUUAAAAAUCUGUGUCGCUCGGCCAUGCAUUACAGGCAUCAUUGGUUAUGCAAGAUAUGCAUGACAAACCUGGCAAUCUUCCAGGCCCAGACAUUUUUACACUUGAUAGCGGAAUAAGCAUUGGCAGGACAAAGAAGGGCUGAAAGAGAAGAAAGAAAUUUUAGACAAGAUGGACGACAGAAAGAAGGCCAUUGCAAAGGCAAUGAUUCUAGAGGGCUACGCAAGCUCGGAUGAAGAGGACGUGUUUGGAGAGUUGCUUCAGGAAGAGGUGGACGAUGAUCUUCAUCAUGCUGACAGCACGAAAAAUCAAGAUUUGGCCAUCUUCGCGGAAGAACUGGAUGGGAGUUGUGCACCACCAGCCGCCGGAGCCGCUGCGCAGCCUCUCAUGAUCUCGAAAGCGGUCAACAUGAAUCACGCCAUCGACGGCCACUGUGCCUUGAAUGCGUGGCCGGGGAAGAUGCCGAGCGAAAUUUUUGAAACAGAGGACAUUGUUGUGGACGAAGCAGGACAAGAUGAAAUAAGUACAGCGGGUGGCAGUUCGAAUACUAAAACAGCGGCGGGGGAUGAUCAUCAUGUUGUCAACAGCGGCCGGCGUGAUGGAAGUAACACAUUAGAAGCUACAGCUCCUAUCGUUCCUCAAACUGACUCGACAAAAAGAUCAACCGUCCGGAACAAAAUAAAGCUGAGCUACACUUACGCGUAUUCAGUAAGGAUAGAGCUUCUCGCGAAAACGAAAAAUCACAACAGUCUUGUCGUUUAUUGCGGUCCCGAGCUCGGGUUUUUGAACGAUUUGCAGAUCCGGAAUGUUUUGGAGCACAAUUUUGGGAAUUUCCGGGUGCUGCGGUCCCGAGUGUCGUCCUUUUCGAACGCAGAGAACAUUAUCAACUGAAAAUAUUUCUGGGGUCUCUGGAUGAGUGCAGAAGUUUGCAAUGCAGGUUUUACAUGACCAAGAGUGUCUGGUAUGCAAGGACCAGCAUCACAGGUUCUUCGAGGGCUCCUGCUUCACGAUCCCUACUCUGCAUGAGAAAUAAGCCCCUCUGACCAUGCCCAAACAUAGACAACUUUUGCUGUUUAUGCAACACAUUUUUUUGUGUGAGCUGAAAUGCGCAUCACAAAUUCCAACCUUCCAGACCCAGAUAUAUUUGCAUCGCAUAAACAUUUAUCUGUUGCAAGAACUGGAGAGAAAGGUCGGGAAACGUAUGACCUGCUCAAACGUUCCAAUCUCAAACGUUACAUAUAUAAUCUGGAUUUUGUAUUGCAUGACGAGCGUGACACACUCGGACAGUAUACCACAUUCUGCAAUACAAAUUUAGCCCGAUUCUAGUCCGGUUUGGGGCUCCGAAACUUGUCAUGCGCAAUCCUGUGGGAGUAGGUUAGAUCAUGCACUUCUCGCAUCACAGAGUUCCACAUUCUAUAAUGUAACGUUUGAGAUUGUAAGAACAGCUGAGCAGGUUAUAAAACGAAAACUUCCGCCCGGGUGCUGCGCCAUCAGUUCCGGGGUGUAUCGGAAGGAUAUAAAACUGUCUCCGUCUCUCCAAAGAAGAAGAACCUUUGCACUGGCUCAGCAAGACAACUUCGCCGUCGCUAUCUAUGAGAGGCUGCAAAUAAAAAACCUGUGAUGCGUCAGGCUAAACAAAGGAGAACACGUAUGAGAGAUGAUGACUUCCUUUUAUGAAGACUACGAGCAUGACAAGAAACUGUCUCGAGGUAGUGAGCGUCUACAUUUUUACAAGUUGAGACUGAGACAGUUUUUUCUCGCGAUAGGCUGAGUUUGCUCGGCAUAACGCAGGAGAUCAUGAAUUACCUGCAGGUGCACGUCUUCCCAAACACCAAACAGAACAACUACGAUCUCCGACUGGUCGGGUUUCUCUUCAUGUGGUUCUGCCACAAGCUCGGCGCGUUUUACCCCUUUUGGAACCACAUGCGGCAGCAUUUACGGCUCUUUUACUUCCUAUGCAUUGCAAAUAUGAUCUUGUCUGGAGGGUCUGAAAGAAUCCAAGUUUGUCAUGCUUGUCUGGCCUGUGACUCCUAAGUCUGUGAUGCGUGAGUAGGAAAAUGGUGUCUUUUCUGUCAUACAGAGACCCAGGUUGCCAUGUGGAAAACGAAACACAUAACAGCUCAAGAACUUGUUAUGCCUGGCUGCGUAUAAUUUUAAUUGCAGUCGUGCACCAACGCUUCAGAUUCACAAACUAGCGUCACAAGUUUCCAGACCACCCAGGUCGAUAUUUGCAAAAAUGCAUACUUUCUGAUUGACGACGAGACGGGGUUUGCGCUCUUCUUUGACCGCAUUCUGAAGCAGCUGAAAUUUCUCCGGAGCGAAUUGUAUUUCGAGGACUAUAAACAGGCGAAGAUGUUGGAUCUGGCGAUUCAGAAAGUAGGGACUGUUGCAACAAAAAAUAGAAUAUCUUCUUCUCUGAACAAGAGCAGCACCACACCAGGGCACCAUGGCAGCAAGGCGGACGCAAUUCUGCUUUCCAGUCCGAGGGGGAGGAUUUUGAUGGGCGAUAUGGCCAUAUGCACUGCAACAAUACCUGGGUCUGGAAGUAGAUUGGUGGAACUUGUCAUGCUGAAUCUGAAUCAUGCAAAUAUCUGUGUUGCAUGAUUCCCAAACAACGCUGGUCAAUUUUGAUCAAGUUGAGAGACAGUUUCUCAUGCAGGAUAGGCAUGAUACUAGUGAUCUCACGGAAUCUGUCACGCUAGGUUCUCGUCCAUUACAGAUCCUAUGGGUCAUGGAAACCCUGCAUGACAAGUUUGGCAAAAUUCCAGACCCAGACAUAUUUGCAUUUGACAGGCCACAGUCUCUAACGAAAACGAGGAUGCAGCCUUUACCUACCAGUAUCUAUCACGAGAAAAAAGUGUUACAACAGUUACACAUUGCUUGCAAUCUCAGCAUGACAGACAACCUUUCUCAUGCCAGAAAUGCUUCCGAGCUUCAUUUCAUACGUGUUUUCCCUUAUCCUCUGCGCAUUGCAAGUUUUCCCUCUCAUGCAGAGAAAAUUUGUGUUGCUAAAUUGACAUCAAAUGUGCAACUGUAACACUUUUUUCUUGUGAUAGUCUCUCCCCGAGGACUUCUACGACCCAGCAGCAAAUACCAGCAGCAGCUUAUCCAACAAAAAAGUGUUAACGUUAACGGAUUUCAUAGGUUGCAGAUAUGCAUGACAGAUUUUGCCUAGUAUGCAUGCUAUGCAUGACAAAUUUGGGCACGUUUUGUGAUGCAUUACUGCAUCACAAAUUCCGUUAACGUUAACACUUUUUCCUGUGAUACAGCUCCUUUCGCUCCGAGCAAGCAAGGCCGCUGUUGUUGCAACCACCAGCGAUGCCGACGAUUUUAGAAGUAGACACCGCAAGGAACUCACCGGUCGCUCGAAGGUCUGCAAAUUUGAUAGAAGAUGCAGAGGACUUCUACACAAGUACUUCUAGGAAGACAUAUGAAAUGCAAAAGCAUCGUACUAGUAUGAAUCGCAUUACAGAUUCUUCAGCAUGAGAAAUGUAAUUCGUCAUGUUGUUCUUCCUUGGGAUGGAGAUUUGUAAAUGCAUGGCUCCUGCGAUUACUACGAGUGCGAUGCUUUUGCUCAGGAUAAGACAACCGCUUCGACCAUCCCGCCCACGUCGCCCACGACGAUUGCCAAGAACGAGGCAGGAAGUAGUUCUCCUGCUAGAAAUAUGACCCCCGCACCAGUACAACACCAACACCAGAAGUUUUUCUACCCAGAUUUGCCGAAUCACAUCAUGUUUGCCACGUCGACGGUCUUGACUAUCAACUGUAAAAAUGUCUGGGUCUGGAUGGAAGAUUGCAACUUGUGAUGCUGUCCCUGCAUUCUACAAAAAUCUGUAUUGCAUGACCAGCAAGAGGGGUCCAGUUUGUGCUACAUGGAGAGGGCAUUUCUCACUCAUGCGGGAUAGGCAUCAGAAACCCCGCUAAAAAUCUGUGAUGCCAGGUUAUCCAUUACAGGCGUCGUGGGUCAUGUAAAAUCUGCAUGACAAGUCUGGCGUUCUUCCAGACCCAGACAUUUUUGCGUUUGAUAUUGACCCCGUUGGUACAAAAGGCGGAGUUCAUCGACGACCUUUUUGUGCAGCACCCGGAAAUGGGGCCAAACGAGAAAAUAUGCAUUGUAAAAGCAUCGUACUAGUAUAAAUUGCAUUACAAAUUUUCUCAGUAUGAAAAAUUGAAUUUGUGAUGCUGUUUUACCUUGGAAAGGAGAUUUGUCAUGCAUAACUGCAAUUAGUACGAGUGCGAUACUUUUGCACAGGAUAGAAGAGUUUCUUCCGGGAAAAGGUGUUGCUGCCCAACAUGAUCGGGAACAUCCUUGCACCGCGGGGGUUUAUGAAGUUGGAGGAGGUCAACAGUAACUACGAACGGACUAUGCGUUGCGAAUAUGUCUGUGUCUGGGAGGAUGCGGACUUGUCAUGCUAAGUCUGGAUCGUACAAAAAUUUCUGUUGCAUGACUACCAAAAGCUGUCCAGUUUUGAACAAGUUUAGAGGCAGUUUGUCAUGCAGGAUAGGCAUGAUAGGGACGUCCUCGCAGAACCUGUCAUGCUAGGUUGCUGCAUUCCAAACCUGAUGGGGCAUGGAAAAUAUGCAUGAGAAGUUUGCAUUCUUCCAGACCCAGACAUAUUUGCAUUUGAUACGGAUGAACGAAUUUUUCAUACCCCUGAGCUGCAAAGACUUGAUCGAGUAUGUGCCCCCUAGUACUUCAACGUCGUCCAAUAUCGCCAGAAAAAACUGUUUCACUGUAAACUUGUAAUGCAGAAGAUGCAUCUUAGAAGUGUUUGUCUUGCUACACAUGCAAGACAGUGGAUGUUUACCUGUGUAGUUUUCUCUUGGGAAGCUCGCAUGGCAAAUUUUCUCUGUCAUGUAGAGCGAGCUUGUCAUGCAAAACCUGCAAAAUCCUUACAGUGAAACAGUUUUUUCUCACGAUAUCCAACGCUCUAGAUUUUUUCUCAUCAACCUUCGCGGGAGGAACAACAAACGUACUUGGUACAACUAACAAGCUCGCUACCAGUAUUGUGAGGAAAAAUCCCCCCUCCCCAUAUCGAAAGCGAAAUCUGUGUUGCUGUAUUUGAGUACACAAAUCGCGUCUGUCUUGCUGGAGAGGACUGCAGACCCAUAGCAAGCCUGAGUAGAGAGGCUUUGACUUAGGCGCUUAGCAUGAAAAGCGUCCGUGAUGUUGGCUCAACAGCAUGACAAACCGCCUCCAUAAUGGGACGGAAGCUGCUGCCCUUGUCUUCUUGCAACACAAACGUGAUUUGUGACCUCAAAUCAGCAACACAAAUUUUCGAAAGCCUACCUCUUCAAUAUGGGGAGGGGGGAUUUUUCCUUGCGAUAACCAGUCCGGGGAAUAGUUUGAGCCAGCUUCGCCACAGAUCAAAGAGGGCGUCAGUUUUAGGCGGGGGAAACGUCGCCGGCCUUCUCGACGGGACAGCGUUUAAUCCUUUACAUUUCCCGGGUAGUGGCGGGAUGAACAAUCUUCUUCACGAGGGCGUGCUACUUGGGAGCGGUAUUUCGACUUCGUCACAACUACAACAGCCGCAUUCAACAUCAGCAAGAACUUUCCUCAGCUCUGGGAUAAUAUCGGCUGACGACCAUGACAGGAUGUCAAUCACGAGCUCGAUGUCAGCCGUUUCGUCUUCCGUUGCGGCGGGCACUGGUGCAGAAGCUGCUCAGGAAUUGAAGAAAACGCUAAGCCAUGAUGCGGCUGCGGGGGAAUUGAAAAGACGGUCGACCCACUUGAUGCAGCAGCAGAUGAAAAAACACAGCGGGAGAAAGGAGAGACAGUCCUUAGUGCAGGAGCACUUAGUGCGGACAAAGUCGGCACCACCAGGAGGACGAGGUGGACCACAGAGUGCUGAAAGUAAAGCUGAAUCUAUAGCGGCGCAAGACGUUCAAAACUACAAUCACAAAGCUGCAACCACCAGUGCCUCCUCCGAUCGAAAAAACCGGUUGGUGCUGCAGUCAAGCAUUUUGGUCGAGGAUGAUGACAUCAAUCAGAAUCAGGACGCGGCGGCUCAAGUAUCCUGUGCAAAAGUAUCAUACUCGUAGUGAUCGCAGCCAUGCAAUACAAAUCUCCUUCUUAACCGAAAUCCGCAUUACAAAUUCCAUUUUUCAUGCUGAGGGAAUUUGUCUUGCGGUUUCUACUAGUACGAUACUUUUGCAAUGCAUAUCAAGAACAGACGCAACAUUUCGCCUCCCGUACCAGCGUGCGGUCGUUUCUUGCCGCAAACUAUUCUGUAUGACAGUGCACAAGAAUUCCUCCGCCUCCUCCUCGUUUGUAUAGCAUAAACGGCAAUACAAGCGCCAGCGACAGUGCAUGUUUUGCAUGACAAAUUUGCUGCAUAGGAUUCUAGUGCUAUUUGGGCUUCCAGAACUUGUCAUGCAAACACUGCUAAGCGGCACAGCCUCGAUUCGGCAUUUUGCAUGACAAAUGAGGGGAGGGGGAGUUGUGCACAUUCAUACUCUGAGGCACAUUUCCAAAUCAAGCACGACCAAUAUGGCGUUCUCAAACGUUACAUUCUCAACUGUUACAUGAAUUUGUGAUGCAAGAACAGCAACAAGAAAAUCGUCAAGCUUGCAGCUCUCGCAUCACAAAUUUCGAACAGAUUUUAGUGCUGUUUAGCCCUUCCAGAAUUUGUCAUGCGAAGCAACCUUGGUCGUCUGGCGGCUUAUGGUAAUUUUGCAUGACAAAUCAUGUAACACUUGAGAAUGUAACAGUUGAGAACGCCAUAACCAAGAUUUCCAGCAGCUGAAGCCCUCCACGCGGGAAUUUCUCAAGCGGAAACAGUUUCAAGAUUACAAGAAUUUCAAGAAGUACAACGAAACUAACGACUCAAAAUUGAUCCUUCUGACGUUUUCCAGCUGGCCGCUGUACGACGAGCUGGCGAAGAAGUUGCGAAGAGAGAUGGAAGCGAUAAUAGCGCACAACGAGGAUGAGAAUUUGGCAAGCGCGGAGAAUAUCAAAUGCAAAAAUGACUGGGACUGGAAGGUUGCUAGGUUUGUCAUGCAGCUUUUCCAUGGCCCACGCGGUCUAGCAUGCACUGCCUAGCAUGACAGGUUCUGUGAGAUAUCUACCAUGCCUUUCCUGCAUGAGAAACUGCUCUAAACUUGUUCAAAAGUGGCACUCUUUUGGUAGUCAUGCAACACAAAUUUUUCCACGAUCCAGAUGUAGCGUGGCAAGUUACACCCUUCCAGACCCAGACAUAUUUGCAUCUCAUAGAGAAGACGCGGUACUACGUGUUGGCUGUGAUGCCGGACUGGAGCGACGUGAUUUUUCCCGAAGAGUAUGGCGUGCUCAAACGUUACAUGAUUCUCAACUGUUACAUGAAUUUGUCAUGCAAGACUACCUAAAGCCGCCAGAUAAUCAAGCUGCUUCGCAUGACAAAUCUCCGCGAAACUAAACAACAUUCAAAUCUGUGCCAAAUCUGUGAUGCGACAGCAGCAAGCUUGCCCCUUUGGCUGUUGCCAUUCUUGCAUCGCAAAUUUAUGUUGUAACAGUUGAGAGUGUAACAGUUGAGAACGCCAUAAAGAGUACCGGUUCCGCACCGACGCAGAAUUGGCGUCCGGAGAAUUUACCGCAUCUCAGCACCUGUUAUCGGAUGAGGAACUUUUGCAAAAAAAGGCGCAUCAACAGGUGUACUUCCACUACUCCCGCGAAGAACCAUUCUCCGUGCUUUUCAAAUACUGCGACUUAAUCAUCCACCACGGCGGGAACGGGACCCGGGCGGAAGUUGCGCAAGCGGGCAAGCCCUCGAUCAUUGUAAGUUUCUCCGUUGACCAACCUUUCAACGGGCGGUGUUUAAUGGCGCUCGGGUGCGGACUGCACAUCACAGUGAAUGAUUAUAUCAAAAACACGGCAAGUAGUUCAUCAUCAUCUUCAUCCGGCCGACCUGGAAAGAAGAAAAAUGGUUCCAAGAAGAACACGACUCCUGCUGGUGGCCCUGUUACAUCAACUACAGCCGUAGUAUCCCGUGUAAAAACGUCCCCACCCCAGAGUCAAGAUGGGGAUUCUGCAACACAAACAUUGAAGUUUUGGGAGUCACGCAUGACAAGUUGCAGGCUGUACUGUAGUGCAGCUUAGCAAGGGAAGCCGCAUAAGAAAUCCAUCUCCUUAUGCUUUUAACAGCAUUACAAGUUCCAAAACACAAUAGGAAAUGACUCUGACGGGGAUGCGCAUUACAAAUGCUCUUGUGCUUGCAAAUCAGCAUGACAACUCUGGGGUGGGGAUGUUUUUACAUAGGAUACGUAGCCGACCAUGAUUUGUUUCUGUCCACCGCGAUACCGUUGCUGUGCGACCCGGCUUUUCCAGAAAAACAAGAAUUCGAGAAGAACAUUAUGAACUGCAAAUGUGAUGUCUGGGUCUGGAAGGUGGUAACUUGUCAUGGUAAAUCUGAAGCAUACAAAAAUCUGUGUUGCAUGAGUGCCAAAAGCUGGUGUCCACUUUCGACCAAGUUGGGAAGGAGUUUCUCAUGGAGGAUAGGGAUGGCAGUAGAGACCUCGCAGAGUCUGUAAUGCUAAGUCCCGCAUUCCAGACCUCAUGGGUCAUGGAAAAUCUGCAUGACAAGUUUCCACUCUUCCAGUCCCAGACACCUUUGCACUUGAUAAACAUUCUCCGGGUGCGAAACGAAUACAACGAGGAACUGCGAAGUAGCAACGCGCGGGUAUCAAAUGUAAAAAUGUCUGGGUCUGGGAGACUCCGAGCUUUGUCAUGCAGUUUUUCCAAGCUCCCUCACGUCUGGAAUGCAGGGCCUAGCAUCACAGGUUCUGCAGCUCCUUGGUGAUGCGUAUUCUGCAUGAGAAAUGCACUCUCAGCAUGGCCAGAAGUGGGCACCUUUUGCACGUUUAUGCAUCGCAGACCUUUGUAGGAUCCGAAAAACGCAUCAUGUGUUCGGAUCCUUCUAGACCCAGACACUUUUGCAUUUGAUAGCGGGAAAGGGCACUCAAUUUCAUCCAUGGAGGCGGGUAAGGUUGUUGUAGGGUAGCGCGCAGAGCAGUUUGCUUGCAAUGCCUGGCAACUUUUCUUCUACUUCUUAAACCAAUAUGAUUUUCGUGCGUGACAAGGACAAGAUUAAAUGCAAUUGAUCCAUCUCUUCUAUCGGCAAUGCUAGUUGGUACUACUUUGACUCUCAACACUCAUCAUGAUUCUCAGUUUGACAUUACAUUACUCUAUGAUACAUGCACUGACACACAUGGAAGAAGAGGCGCCGCAACGCCUAAAGAGUUAGUGCCUCGUGGCAGGGAUUUGCACGACUGUGUCGGGUCUCCUCUCAAGGAGAGGCACAACUGCAUGAUGCCUGGUGACUUUAUUUUACUACAUACAUUUGAUUCGCAUAAAAAACAAGACGAAGAAUAAAAUCAGUCUUAAGUUAAAUUCUACAUGUUUUUUACCUCAUUUCGGCACGACACGUCCCUGUCCUUCGGGAGGUCCGGUCCAUCGCAUUCGGGCGUGGGUCAUCUUCUACGGGUCGGUCGGCCCCUGCAAAAAACGACGGAAAACGCAGUCAUCAUUUUGCCUGUAAGUUUUCUGAUUGGUUUAUUUCUCCCGCUCCUGAUGUGUGAGCAUGAGUAUAUCAUGAUGACGAGAUGAUUCAUGUGAUGAAAAAGCCACGACCACAGAU